GCGGGGAGAAAACUCGCACCCACCGCGGCUCCCCGGCUCGGCCGGGCAGGUGGGGUCUCUCAGCGCUGCAAGUUUCCACAGGGCACCGCGGCGGAAUUGCGCGGGGGGCGGCCCCGCCGUCCGUCCGUCCGUCUGUCCGUCCGCCGCUUUGUUCCCGGAGGAUGCGGCGCGCCUAACCCCGGCCCAGGCGGUGGGGCCGCGGCGGGGGCAGGGGCAGCCCUCCGCCGGAAAACUCCGCGCCGCCCUCCUUCCUCCUCCUCCUCCUCUUCCUCCUCCUCCUCCCGCUCGCAGCCCCGGCGCGGAGCGAUGCUCUCGGGGGCGGCGAUGGAGCGGGGCGGCAGCGCGGAGAGCACGGCGGCCCCUCGGGCUGCCCGCGGCCCCUGAGCGCCGGCAGGAGGAAGAGGAAGGCCGGGGCAGCGAGCAGAGCGCGGCCAUGGAGGAGUGGAGGCAGUGCGGCCGCUGGCUGAUCGACUGCAAAGUUUUGCCCCCGAACCACCGGGUGGUCUGGCCCUCGGCCGUGGUCUUCGACCUGGCGCAGGCGCUGCGGGACGGGGUGCUGCUGUGCCAGCUGCUCCACAACCUGUCCCCCGGCUCCAUCGACCUCAAGGACAUCAACUUCAGGCCGCAGAUGUCCCAGUUUCUGUGUUUGAAGAACAUCCGGACCUUCCUAAAAGUGUGUCACGACAAGUUUGGGUUAAGGAACAGCGACCUCUUUGAUCCCUUUGACCUCUUUGAUGUGCGGGAUUUCGGGAAGGUGAUCUCUGCAGUAUCCAGGCUCUCCUUCCACAGUAUUGCUCAAACCAAAGGAAUUAGGCCCUUCCCUUCAGAGGAGACCACGGAAAAUGAUGAUGACGUGUACCGGAGCUUGGAGGAGCUGGCGGAUGAGCACGAUCUGGGGGAGGACAUCUACGACUGCGUCCCGUGUGAGGAUGAGGGUGAUGAUAUCUACGAGGAUAUCAUCAGAGUGGAAGUUCAGCAGCCCAUGAUUAGAUACAUGCAGAAAAUGGGAAUGACAGAAGAUGACAAAAGGAAUUGCUGCUUGCUAGAAAUCCAAGAAACUGAGGCCAAAUACUACAAAACACUUGAAGAUAUAGAAAAGAACUAUAUGAACCCUCUGAGACUGGUACUGACUCCCCAGGACAUGGAAGCUAUUUUUAUCAAUUUGGAGGACCUAAUUAAAGUGCACUUCAGUUUCCUGAGAGCCAUCGAUGUCUCAAUGAUGUCUGGAGGAAGCAGCCUGGCAAAAGUGUUCCUGGAAUUCAAAGAGAGGCUGCUGAUUUAUGGCAAGUACUGCAGCCACAUGGAAUAUGCCCAGAACACCCUGAACCAGCUCCUGGCCAGCAGGGAGGACGUGCGGCAGAAGGUGGAGGAAUGCACACUGAAGGUCCAGGAUGGGAAAUUCAAAUUGCAAGAUCUGCUGGUGGUUCCAAUGCAAAGAGUUUUGAAGUAUCAUCUCCUGUUAAAAGAGCUGCUCAGCCACUCCUCAGACCGGCCAGAGAAGCAGCAGCUGAAGGAGGCUCUGGAGGCGAUGCAGGACUUGGCCAUGUACAUCAAUGAAGUCAAGAGGGACAAAGAGACUUUGAAGAAAAUAAGUGAAUUUCAGAGCUCUAUAGAAAACCUGCAAGUGAAGCUGGAGGAGUUUGGGAGGCCAAAGAUCGAUGGGGAGCUGAAGGUGCGCUCCAUAGUGAACCACACCAAGCAGGACAGGUAUUUAUUUUUAUUCGAUAAAGUGGUGAUCGUCUGCAAGAGGAAAGGAUACAAUUAUGAGUUAAAGGAAAUUAUUGAGCUGCUCUUCCACAAAAUGACUGAUGACCCCAUGAACAACAAGGACAUUAAGAAGUCCCACGGAAAAAUGUGGUCAUACGGCUUCUACCUGAUCCACCUCCAGGGAAAACAGGGCUUCCAGUUCUUCUGCAAGACAGAGGAGAUGAAGAGGAAGUGGAUGGAGCAGUUUGAAAUGGCCAUGUCCAACAUAAAGCCAGAGAAAGCCAAUGCAAAUCACCACAACUUCCAGAUGUACACAUUUGAGAAGACAACCAACUGCAAAGCCUGCAGGAUGUUCCUGAGAGGAACCUUCUACCAGGGCUAUCUUUGUCCCAAAUGUGGGGCAGGUGCUCACAAGGAGUGCUUGGAGAUUAUUCCUCCCUGCAAGAUGGGUUCUUCAGCAGACCAGGAUUCACUGGGUGCAGGACCUGGUCCUAAAAUGGUGGCAGUUCAGAAUUACCAUGGAAACCCAGCCCCUCCUGGGAAGCCAGUGCUGACCUUUCAAAUUGGGGAUGUGAUCGAGCUGCUGAGGGGGGACCCCGACUCACCGUGGUGGGAGGGGAGGCUACUCCAGACGAAGAAGUCAGGUUAUUUCCCCAGCUCCUCAGUGAAACCCUGCCCCGUGGAUGCUAGGCCCCCCAACAGCCGGCCGCCCUCGCGGGAGAUCGACUACACAGCGUACCCGUGGUUUGCAGGGAACAUGGAGAGGCAUCAGACAGACAACCUGCUCAAAUCUCACGUCAGCGGCACCUACCUGAUCCGGGAGCGGCCGGCUGAGGCCGAGCGCUUUGCCAUCAGUAUUAAGUUCAACGAGGAGGUGAAGCACAUCAAGGUGGUGGAGAAGGACAACUGGAUUCACAUCACAGAAGCCAAGAAGUUCGAAAGCUUGCUGGAGCUGGUUGAGUACUACCAGAGCCACUCGCUGAAGGAGAGCUUCAAGCAGCUGGACACGACCCUGAAGUAUCCCUACAAAUCCCGGGAGCGCUCUACCUCCAGGACCUUCACCCGCUCCCCAGCCUCCUGCGCUUCCUACAACUUUUCUUUUCUCAGUCCUCAGGGCCUCAACUUUUCUUCUCAGAGCUCCUCCAGUCCCUUCUGGUCAGUGUUCACCCCCCGGGUCAUAGGCACAGCGGUGGCACGGUACAACUUUGCGGCGCGGGACAUGCGAGAGCUGUCGCUGCGGGAGGGGGACGUGGUGAAGAUCUACAGCAGGAUUGGAGGGGACCAGGGCUGGUGGAAGGGGGAAACCAAUGGAAGGGUGGGCUGGUUUCCCUCGACGUACGUGGAGGAGGAGGGGGUGCAGUGACCACGGCCGUGCUUGCUGGAAGUCGUCGAGCGCCCAGAGGCAGCGGCUGCAGCCCGAGUGCACUGUCCCCGUGCUGGACACCUCCCAGGACUGCCCCUGCAGCCCCUCAGCACCCCAACCCGUCCAGGCUGCCCCCAUUCCGUGUACAGAAGAUUGAUGGGCUGUGGGAUGGCGCUGGAGGAGCAGCUGCGGGGGAGCCCCGGGAGAGCCGCGCUCUCCCUGCUUGGACAGAGCUCAGAGACUCUGGGGCACCCACGGGGGUGUGGGUCCCACACCCCUCUUCUGUCAAGGGCUUUGAAAAGCCACUGUGGGGAUGGUGGUGCAAGGGUGAGGCUGAAGGUUUUGUGCCUGGGUGAGAAUUUGGGGUGUUCCAGGGGAGGGAGCCCCGAGGAGACGAUGCAGACCCCCUGCCACAGGUGGUUUAUCCAGGUCAGGAUUUUGGCAGUGGCCCUGGCAGCCAUGGGCCAGGCCAAGGGGCAGGGUGGGGACACCUGGCCUGGGAGGAGGAGAGGCUUGUGACCAUUUUGACCCUCAGAGGUAGGCUGGAAGUGGACCUUCAGGUCAGCCAGGAGGGGAGAGAGCCAUUUUGGCAAUCCCAUUUUCUUUACGGUCACCUCAGUCCCACCAGCCUUGCUGCUGGCAGGGGGGUGCCCAGGGGGAUGACUGGUCCCACUGCUGAGCAGGAGGUGUCACUGCAUUGCAGGACUGGAGAUGUGCUCCAUACAAGGUUUUCAGGGGCCACCAAGGCACCAGGUACCUGCAGAGGAUCUCCCUGGGUCUGUCCUCUCCUUUCUGGCAGUCCUGAACCAGGCUGAUUUUCCUUGCAGCUGUGAUAAAUCCCACCUCAUGAGCUCAGGGCAAACCCACCUGAAUAAGGGCUUACAGAAUCAAGUCCUGAAUCCUGUCCCUGAGCUGUGAAAGCAUCUCCUCUUCCCAGCUCUGUGCACUUUUGGGGGCUGGCAGCGUUGCCCCCUGCUCUUCCUCCCACAGGCUGUUCCUGCUGCUGCUGUCAAGUAAAGGUGAUCCAUGUGUUGUGACAUUUCCACUGUGUCCUGAGCACCCUCUGUCUGAGUCUGCCCUUCCCAAAGUGCAAAUACAAUAAAAUCCAUGUCUGGGAGCGUGAUAGGGAACAACUCCCCUGUAUCUGAGCCCCAGGAGCUUCCUCCCUGAACACGUGGCGUUCUGAGCUGGUGUUUCCAUGCCCUGACAUCGUUCCCCUGGGAUUUGUGGUGGUCCUGCUGUGCAGCACCAUGUCCCUGGUGUGGGAUCCUGCUGCAAGUCUGGGAGAGGCCAGUGCUGGGGGGGUGAGCAGUGCUGCUGCCCUGGCAUGAGCUCUGCAAACAGAGCAGAAGAACCACGUUUGGGAUAAGAAACGGAAGAGUUUGGAUCUCUCAAGGGCAAGGAAAUGAUGCUAACUUGGGAAUUACAUGCUGGUGCUCAGUGGCCAGCCCAGAGCCACCCUGCUUUGCUCCCUGUUCCUCCUGGAGCUAUGGGGGUGCCCUCACUCAUGGGGGGUGCAGCAGGGAGGUGACAGGAACGUGGGGCUCAGGGCAUUCCCAAGGUACUGUUUGGUGCUAUCCUCUCCCAGCCAGCCCCUCCACGCUCAGCUCCAGGGGAGCAGCCAGCAGGGAGCUGACAAUUCCCUGCUCCUGUGCAGAGCAGAGGGUCCCAUCCCCAUUCCAGAGGCUGUGCUGGGUGUGUGGGACACACAAACUCCUGCUGGCUCCUGUUCUGCCUCAGAUCCUAAAGCCUUACAGCCCCUCCUGUUUAACAUGGCCAAUUUUGUAAGGGCAUCAUCUGGGGAGAGCACAGCCCUGUCCCAGGGACCAGGGCACCUCUGUCCCUUACACCCCAAAGGGACCCCCUCCCUCUGCCUGCCCUGCCAAAACCCCUCCCCCAGAGAGCUCUCCCUCUUGUGUUUACUGGUGUAAGAAACUUGUUAAAAAGAGAUUGUUCUGUUUGUAAGUAAUUAUUCAGCCAUUUGCCACAAAUAUAUCUGUGAAUAAGAAAGGGAAAUGUUUGGGUUUUUUUAUGAUGGCGAGAAAAUUGUAUGUAUUAUUUUAAUUCUUCGCAGGUCAUUUGGAAUUGCAAUGGGAUACGUUGGAAAAUAAUAUGUAAAUUCCUUUGGGUUUUUCCUUUGCACUGCACUAACUGGGGUAGGGUGGAGGGAGUUUAAAGAUAAAACUGUUUGUUUAAUGGAAUAGUUUAUAGCUGGGAAUUUGGAAAUCAUUUGGAAUAGCUUGUAAUGCUGGAAUAGAAACUUUAGCUGCUACUUAGAAACCCUUCUGCAUGUGGUUUUUCCAGGCCUUUUUAAGUUACAAUUCAUCAAAGUAAAUUCCCCAACAGAAAAAAAAAAAUAAUAAAAUAAAGUGUAAUUUUGCUGAUA